AUGUGCGUUUCUUUCAGCUAUUUUGUACCUGGUAGGAGCGAUAGAGGUUGGCGUGGCGUACCUGCCAUUCUUUGCUUGUCUGUCAACGCCACACCGAGCACUAGGAGGGGCUUUAGGUCUUCUAUACACACUCAUGUGGUUUUAGGUCCUAACGAGAAAUGGAUCAUUCUGUGGCCGUUCUUUCUGUGCCUGCUUUUCCUGCUGGGACGGUUUGUGUAUAUCAUUGUGAAGGCAGUAAGAAUCCACCUGCAGCUACAAGCUGAUGAGAAUGAGGAGGAUCUACAAUUCCAUCAGUUCAGAUAUGUACAGACUCUACUGAAACGCCCCUCUGAACAGCCGGAAGAAAAGAGUUGGUUCAGAAGAAAAAUGUAUGACUGGGAUCCUCACUUUAAAUUCCCUAACAGAAUGAUUGGCACAUGCAUUAUCUCUUUGAUUGGUUUGUACAUGAUGACCCUAGCAGACUACGGCUUGAGUGACUACACCUUUGACAAACUAGAUGCUUUGACGGACUCAUUUGCUGAGAUAGCAGCAUCCUAUAAUCACACAGACAACAUUUUCACAUCCCUCAUUCCCAGAAUGAAUGAGUUCAGCAUUGUUGCACGAAGGUCGUGGCUGGCGACAACCAUUUUUUCCACUCUGACAUCUGUUACUUACACGUUUCAUGUGCUAGUAUGUUACAGGAAACAUUUAAAGAGGUUGUGGAAGGGGCAAAAAACGUUUCUUCCUGAGAAGUUCCACAAACCAAGUCCCGCAGUCAGCGUGGCUGCUAUAACAAGAUAUUCAGGCUGGCAGAUUGCCUUCACUCUGUGGGGGUUUCUGAUAGUUCACUUUGUGCAGUUUCUUUUUGCGUUAAUGUUUGUGUAUGGAGUUGUUCUACCAAUCCAGAAGGGGCAAUUUCUCAGCUGGCUUUCUAGUGUUGGCGUCAUUCUGCUCACAAUUUUCAUAGUUAUAGCCUUGGUGGUUGGGCAGAUUAUUCUGGUCCAAGUGUUUUUCCUGCAGGACAAACUCUCACCUGAAGACAAAGAAAAGCCUCUUGCAAUCAACAACAGAAAAGCGUUCCACUGCUUUAACUACUUUUUCUUCUUCUAUAAUGUGAUUAUGGGGUUGAGCAACUGUAUUUUGCGCCUUUUAAGCAGCUGCAUUGUGGGUACAUGGCUGGUGUCGCGCAUUGAUCGGACCAUCAUGCAGCGCGGCUAUGAGUCCAUGGAUCCAGGAUAUAGCACAUGGAUAGGGAUGAUAUUUGCUGAUCAUUACCACAGCAACCCCGUUAUGGUGUCUUUCUGCCAUCUACUGCUUGGGAGAAUAGUGGAGAAACGAGGACCUGCAGUGCCCUCUUAUGCAACUUUUAGCAAUAACACAGGAUGUUCAGGAGGGGGCAGAGUACGCGUGCGCUGGCUUCUGCUUUACACACUGCUGAGGAACCCUGCACUCAUCCUGAUGAGGAAGAGAAAAACACUGACACAGAACGACAACCAAGACCCACUCCUCUUGGCCCGAACCAUCACCUCACAGGCUCAACAAGCAAAUGAAUUGGUCAACAACAAAACACCCAAAACAGAACCAACACAGUUAGACAUCUGAAAGAACUUUAGCUCUUGAAACUGG